GCCUCCCUCCUCUGGCACGCCUACCACUCCCUCCCGCCGCCCUCGACCUCGGUGAACUGGGCCGGCUUCUACGUCCUCGACCCGCGCGCCGCCCCCGGCCGGCCCUCGCUCAUCCUGGGCCCUUUUCCCGUCGUGGACGAUGGAACGAAGGAGGGAGGGGGGCGAAAGGAAACUUUGCCCGAGGCCGGGAGAUCUGGACCGGGCUCGCUCGAACGGGCAUCGUUCAUGGGUGGCGCAUCUCGGACAGAAUUACACGCGGGCGCGGCUGAGGAGGGAAAAUGGUAAAGAGAUGGAUGGGGUGUACGUCGUUUCAUCAACGGCUUUUCAUCAGGGUUCGACAGAUAAUCUCCAAGUAGACAAGGCUGGAGAAGGCUCUCCGGCAACGGACAUGACUCAACAAAGAAAUAAUAGAGAUUGAGCACGCUGGAGUCAACCUCCGCGUCAUGACUAAACUUUUUCUUCAGUUGAUGUCCUUCAUCCCAUGGGGCUAAGAGAUUUAUUCCCCUGUCCGGUUUCCAAAAAAAUC